ACUUAGAGAGAGAGUAACGAACUUUGAGAAAAAGUUGUGAACUGAGAGAGACAGUAACCACCUUCGAGAGAGAGAGAGUGGGGAGGGAGAAUGUUUGCAACUCAUUGCAAUGCUCUCUCUCACCACCCGUUUGAGGCCCACAAGAAAACCACAGAGCGUCCUCCAUUUCAAACACCACUUAUGUUUCUAUUGCACCAUCACCCACUGUUCUGCCCUCGUUUCCAAGUAUUUCUCUCUCUUAAAUUCAUCACCCAAUCUCCAAAUUCUUCAACAAAUCCAUGCCAAACUUCUCAAAACCUCUGUCUACAAUGAUGUGAUACUCAAUUCCAAGCUCAUAAUCAUGUACUCUAAGCACAAGAGCCUCUUCCCAAAUGCCUAUAAUCUCUUCCUUCACAUGCCUGAGAGAAACAUAUAUUCAUGGAACAUAAUCAUAGGGGAGUUGUCGAGAUCUGGGUAUCCAUUGAAAGCCAUUGAAACCUUCAAAAACAUGCGGAAAUCUCGCAUGGAGCCAGAUUUAUAUACACUCCCCUUAGUUUUGAGAGCCUGUGCUACUUUGGGCCAAUUUAAACCAGGCCAAAAGCUCCAUUGUUACUGUGAGAAGGUGGGUUCUUCGCGAAAUGUAUUUGUGGCCUCGGCUUUAGUCUUUUUCUAUGCGAAAUUCGGAGAAAUUGAUGCCGCGUGCCAAGUGUUUGAUGAAAUGACUCAGAGAGAUCAUGUGUUGUGGACCACCAUGCUUUCGGGUUACGCGCAAAUCGGAGAUACUAGCAAGGCCUUGAGGGUGUUUAGAGAGAUGAUGAGAGAGAAAAUUAUGCUUGAUCAUGUGGUUAUGGUUAGCCUGCUUCUGGUUUGCAGCCAAUUGGGUUGGCUUAGACAUGGGAAAAGUGUUCAUUGUGUGAUGGUUAAGGGGUUUUUGGGCAUGAAUUUGAGCUUGGCCAAUGCCCUAAUAGAUGUGUAUUCAAAAUGUGGGGCCCCAAAGAUAGCUCGAAGAGUAUUUGAUAAGAUGCAUGAGAGAGAUGUGAUUUCAUGGAGCUCCAUGAUUGCAGGUUAUGGUUUACAUGGUCAUGCAAAAAAGGCUUUAGACCUUUUCAAGACUAUGCUUGAUCAUGAUAUCAAGCCCAAUUCGAUAACUUUUCUCGGGGCGUUAUCUGCUUGUGUUCACGCUGGCAUGGUCGAUGAGGCAAAAUUUUACUUAGAAAUGAUGAGAGAGAAGUAUGGAAUUGAGCCUGAAUUGAAGCAUUAUGCUUGUUUGGUUGAUGUUAUGGGGAGGGUUGGGCUCAUAGAGGAGGCCGAGAGGUUUAUAGGGGAAAUGCCUGUUGAGCCUGAUGGAGCUGUAUGGGGUGCUUUGCUAGGAGGUUGUAGGGUUCAUAGUGAAGUCGAGGUUGGGGAGAGAGUGGUUAAGAGGGCAUUGAGUCUCGACCCCGAAAGGGCUGGGUACUAUGUUUUGAUGGCGAAUAUAUAUGCAGAGGCUGGGAGGUUUGAGGAUGCAGAGAGAGUGAGGGAUUUCAUGAAGGAGAGGAAAGUGGUGAAGAUGCCUGGUUUUAGUGCUAUUGAGAUGGAUAGGGAUUCAAAUCUGCAUAGAAAGAGCCACGGAGUCUUGGCUUAAUGGUUGGAGUGUAAUGCUAUUGAGAUGGAUAUCAGAUUUGAAGAGCCAUGGAGUUCUGGCUCAGCGGUUGAGGCAUGAGGCAUGAGGCAUGAGGCAUGAGGCAAAGACUAGUAUGUGCAGUUCUCAUCUCACUUAUAAACCGUCAACAUUUUUUCUGUGCAGUCACAGCUAAAUCGGUUUCUAAAAUGACAUUCAGAGAAGCCACUUAACCUCAAACUCGCCCUACCCCAAAAUCCCACCAAGCUAGAGCGAAGCAUGUUAUAGGGUCGCAUCCUCAAAAGCCCUUAGUAUCGAGAGUUUCAAAUCCCAGCUCGCCCAUGAAGAAGAGAAAUGUGAUGAGAUGCCUAGUUGUAGUGCUAUUGAGAUGGAUUUGGAUUCAGAUCAUUUUGGAAAUAUCUCAUGACUUUGGCUUAGUGGUUGGAAUGCAAUUACUUAGGAUUGGGAAUUCAAGAGCUCAAGAAUUUGGCCUUGGAGAUUAGGGCUUAAGGCUACAAGAUCAAUGUUCAGAGGUUCUAGCUCACCGUGAAGAGAACGAACGUUGUGAAGAUGCUUAGCAUUUGAUAUUGAGAAGGCUGGGGAUUCAAAAGAGCUCUAGUUUUUCAUGGUGGUUAGGACAAUGUCCAAGUUUCAAAUUUUGUAGCCCUAGCUCUCAUUUUUAAGUCAACCAGGCCGUCUGCCCUAUUGCCAACCCUAAUAAAGUGGAUGUUCUUCAUUCCUUCAUGUUUUAUAAGCAAUCUUGAAGAAAAGGAUAUGCAUUAUUUUGCAAUUGGGGAACAAAAUUCAUGUGAUUACUAGAUCAAAGUCUAAAGGUUCUAGCCACCAUAAAGAGAAGGAAUGUUGUGAAGAUGCGUAGUGUUUAGAGUGUAUAUGAUAUUGAGAAGGCUGGGAUACAAAAGAGCUCUAGUUUUCCUUGGUGGUUAGGACAAUGUCCAAGUUUCAAAAUUUGUAGCCCUAGCUCUUGUUUUUCAGGGAUAAGCCAACUAGGCCGUCCGGUUUAUUGCCAACCCUAAUAAAGUGAACGUGCUUCAUUCGUUUAGGUUUGAUAAGCAAUUUUGAGGAAAAAGAAGUUCAUGAAUUAUUCAGCAAUGGAGAAACAAGAUUCAUAUAGCCAAUAUCAUUUAAUUGGGGUAUAACACUCGAAAGAUUUUGAUGGAGAAACAAGAUUCAUAUUGCCAAUAUCAAUUAAUAGGGGUGUAAGGCUCGGAAGAUUUUUGAUGGUAUCACCACAUUGUACCAAUUGAGCUUUCACAAAUGACAAACUAGGGUACCUGAGUAUGAAGUCUCCUUUGGACAUAUUGAUCAUAAGCAUGAGUGCUUAUCAAGCAUCAGUGCUUAGAGAGAUAUUGAUAUCCAAUUAUUUGGCUAUAUUUGUAGUAAGUGUUGUGGUCUUGCACCUCACACGUGCUUCUCUUGUAAGUUCUUUUUGAACUUUGAGGUCAAUAACACUUGUAUAAUUUUCUGAUUUGAAAUUGUACAAUACUGUU